CUCAAGUUCUCAUACACAGCUCUCAUAAGAUAAACCCUACGAUUCUCAGAAUCCAACUCAAGCGAAGAUGCUACUACGAAGCGCGUCGACUCCACUUCUCAACUCAUUGGUUCACACCUCGAGUCCAAGAGAAUCUCCAAUCGAGGCCGUUGAAUCUAUCCACCAGAUCACUCAUCCUCUCUUCCUCCUCCUCGUUCUGUUACAGCCCGAUGUCCGUCCACUCCAGCGACGAAUCCGCGAGGAGGAUUAAAAAGACGGCGUCAGAGAGCGAUCUACGUCAUCUGACGUCGACGAAGCCACCGGCGAGUAAGUUCCUCAGCGGCGGUGCUCUGAUGGAAGACGUGGAAGAAGGAAUCGGAUUCGGGUUAAUCCGCACGUCUUCUUACGAUGGAUUACGCUGGGGUUUGGAGAAGGAGGAGGAGGAGGAUGUUACUGAGGUUAGCGGCGGCGGUGGUCGUGGUGGUGGGGUUAUCCACGGCGGAGGAAAUGGUGAUAGAUCUGACGGUGAGGAUGGAGAUGGAGAUGAUGAUAGUGUUACAGAUGUUCAUUAUCGGAAGAUGAUUGAAGCUAAUCCUGGAAACGUGAUUUUUCUUAGUAAUUACGCUAAGUUUUUGAAAGAGGUUCGUAAAGAUUACUUGAAAGCGGAAGAGUAUUGCGGGAGAGCUAUUCUGACGAAUCCUAAUGAUGGGAAUGUUUUGGCUAUGUACGGUGAAUUGGUGUGGAUUAUUCAUAAGGAUUCGUGUCGUGCUGAGUCUUAUUUUAAUCGAGCUGUUGCAGCUGCUCCUGAUGACUGUUAUGUACAAGCUUCGUAUGCACGGUUUCUUUGGGAUGCUGAUGAGGAAGAGGAGGAGGUGGAGAGACAUGAAGAUGAACUUGAGCCUCAGACUUCUCGAAUGAGUUUUUACACUGGUACUUCUCCAAUUACGGCCGUGUAUUAACUCGUGCUCUCGGCUUCUCCAUCCAGUUUAUAUAUUUUUAUAGAAGUUAGAUAAACGUGUUACGUCUAAGAUCUAUCUAACCCUUUUGUUUUAAUGUGAAUUCGUUAUUGUUUGCUUCAUGGGUGUUUCUCUGCUUCAGUGUUAGAAUUUGCAUCAGUUGUAGUAGUACCACGUGAAAGAAAAAUAAUGAUUAUGGAAUAAAAGUUUUGUAACUAAACUGGGGCUGUGUGGAUCUAUUUCUGAAAUUUUCUGUAAGAACUGAGUUUCAGACACAAACGAGUUCAGAGCAUCUGUUGUUAGAUGAAUCUGACUCGUCGCCAUACACUAAGUCUAUUAUAAAGGAGAACAACCAU